GGCCAAGGAGAACGACAUCGAGAACGCCAAGGAGAAUGACAACGAGAAGGCCAAGGAGAAGGACAACGAGAAGUCCAAGGAGAAGGACAACGAGAAGACCGAUGGUGAUGAGAAGAGCGCUCUGGACGAUGUGAAGGCUGACGCCGGCGAAGCUGGUGCGACUACGAAGGAGGAUGAUACGAAGGAGUCCGAGGAGCCAUCAGCCCCCGCUGACGCUAUUGAGACGGACAAGAAGCGCGAGCAAGCCAUGCCCUCCAACAUCCUUGAGAAAGGUAUCAUCUACUUCUUCACUCGCGGCCGUGUCGGCGUGGAAGAUCCCGACAGCGUUCAAGACCUCGCUCGCAGCUACUUCGUCCUCCGCCCUCUUCCGGAUGGUGCCAAGAUUACGGAUGGUGCGGUGCAAGACAUCGGAAACAACCGUUUGAUCGCGCUUCCAAAGAAAGUCUGGCCCAAAAGUGGAAAAGACAGGUUCAUGUGCUUCGUUGAAAAGGCGAAGACGUCAAUGGAUACGCUCAAAGAGGAGUUCUUCCAAGGCUCGGAGUACUCCACCAAGACUGUCGGAACUCGUCAAACCCCAGAAGUCACCCCUCUUGGCGAAGGCGUGUAUGCAAUCACCUCCACCGGCGGUGGCCAAGGCACCAGUCACCUGGCAUACAUGCUUACGAUCCCCUCGGAGCUCGGCGAAGUGCAGAAGGACGUUGGCCUCGCAGCGAAAGGAAGCUUCGCUCUCAGCGUCAAGAACCCCGAGUCUUCCGGCUCGGGCAACGCGCAACUCCCCAACGCGGCAGAGUACCCCAAAGAGAUCAUCGAGGAGUUCCGUGGUCGUGGAUGGAUGCCGGCGCACCCCAAGCACAUCGACUACACCAACGCUUCGAUGCUGUUGAUCGGCGAGAACUUCGACAGCAGCUCCAAUCUCGAUCCCACCCCCAAAGACGAGGAGGACGACACGAAAGCGACGCCGCAGGAGGAGCUGGAAAAGUUGCAGGACGAGGAUGAGUCGCGCGUCGAGAACUUGAAGGGAGACGACACCAUCUUCGAAGACCUGGGCAUCUCCAGCAAGGAGUACCCGAAGGUUAUGACGACUUGGUAGUCGUGCUCGAAAGGACUUCUACCUGACCGAAUAGCUUCAUGGUGAGCGCUACAAGCGUUGCCGCGUCGAAUAGGAGGACAGCCGGCUCUCUUGCUUUGUGGUUCAUAUACCAUAGCUCGGAUGUAACAUAGCAGCACAGUCAUAGCGAUGAGACAAUGAGUCAAAUGAAACAAGUAUAA